AUGACUGACCGCAAAUCCAUAAUACGAUUGGCCUCACCAAAGACCUUCUCGCAGGAUCCUCGACAUGAGCAGAUGCGCACCAGAGUGCGACCAGCAUUUCGCGUCUUUUCUCAUCGCAAAAGAGACUCAAGUCGCCUUCUCAAUCUGCCAGAUGAGAUACUGUGGCGAAUCACCGAGUUCAUCGCCGACCAAGAAAGAGGCCAUUUCUUGUCCUUCUUCGCUCUGGCUCAUCGCGAAUGCCGGCAACUUGCUCGACCACAUCAAUUUUCUGACGUCUGGAUUACUCGGAGUGAGACAUCCUGGGAGUUUCUCCGUCAUAUCAAGCGAGAGACCGAAGAUGAAGGGCCAGCUAUCGGGACAUUCAUCCGUUCCCUCACCAUCACAGUUGACGAGGACCUAUGUCUCGACUACGGGUGCGCCACGGAUGACGAAUACGAACAGUGGCGCGAGUACUGGCAGGGUUUGAUCGAUGAUUUGACCCAGGUCCUAGAAUCCAGGUCCGCUAUGCCUAAUCUUGAGCGGGUGUUUUGGAUGGAUACAGGAGGGCUCGAAGUGCAACCACGUCUGCUCCGAGUUAUAUUACAAAAGGCCUGUCCUUCUCUCUCUGGAUGCCUGAGCGAGCUUCACUUCGCCGACUACAAGUUCCUCUUCGAAGAAAUUUAUGAUGUUGCGCCGUCUAUGCCUGCGACUCCUUCAUUGUCCGUGCGCUCGCUGUCGUUCGGAUACGACAAGAAUCAUACAUCGAUAACAGGUGCUCUAGACGGCUGCACUACAUACCUGGCCGAGAAUAUUCUCCGUCGUUCUGCGCUCACACUCGAGUCCUUCGUCUGGAAUGCUCAAUUCAAAGGUGAAAUGGCCCCUGAAGACAACGACGGUACAAAUUCCCUGCUGUUCUUCCGGGAUGGCCCCAUUACUUUCAACCAAUUACGGAAGUUCUGGUGCUCCCUCACGCCGGAUGAGGGCAUACAACCAAGUGUUCUCGAGAGCUUUCUGGCCGCCCCUCUGCUCGAGAACUUCUCACCCUCAACUCACGUAUCAUCCUUGAUAUUGGCCAACGGACUGGUAGAAAAGUUCCCGCUCCCCAACCUCCGCACAUUCGCUGUAUACGGCCACUCAGCUGCCAUGUCCAAAAACGAGGUGCCGGCCUACGUCGACACGGUGUUGGCUCUAGCUGGCCGCUACGCCCCGCAGAUUGAGGAGGUUUUCGUCUACCUCCAGGGAAACCCGGAACAGUUGGCUACUCACUUUGCAACCCACAACUUCCGCAACCUCAGGUCCUUGUGCUUUUCGUGGCCGCAUGACCCAGACUUUGUCGUUCUCCAGGCCAUCGGAACGCAUCUCACCACCCUCGAGGAGCUGUCCUUUGGGUUCCAGCCCGCCGACGACCGUACCGGAUGCGAGGACAACACAUGGGACAGCUCGAGUCUACUCUCUCAUGAAGCCAUCAUUGCGGCCAUCUCACCUCUAAAGAGCCUGGUCAGGCUAUGUGUUUUCGGGGACGAGUACGUGGCGGAUUGGAGCGGCGAUCAUUGGGCGUGGCAUCGCUUCUUCAAGCAACAUGUUGACUUCCAUCAAGGGCGCAGCUACACUGUCAGAAAACAGGGACAUCGCCCGGGAGAGGGACAACUCUGGUCUGAGGCAAUCCGAGGACAUAAGACACCAGGUGACCAAGGGAAUGAUUGGAUUACGCGUUGGGUAGCAAACGAAGCUGAGGAUACGUAUGCUGCGAUGCUGAUGCUUGCUGCACGAUACGCUUCUGCUCUCCCGAAGCUACAAGAUUUUAUUGGUGGAAGGGUUUUGAUAGAGAUUGCAAAUAGUGCACAGUAA